CUUCUCACGAAAAAUAAUAGUGACAAAAUGUUCUCUCUAAAAUUAUUUGUUCUGUGCGUUGGAUAUUUUGCGAUCGGAGCGGAAUGUGGAAAAGUGAGUUAUCUUGACAAGUGCUUAUGGACUGACAAGGCCUGUCUCCUCACCUCUGCUAAUAAAGUCGUACCACACUUUGUCGAGGGCAUAAAGGAACUCAACACACCGUCCGUAGAUCCAUUAUUCAUCAAGAAAGCAGUAGCUGAUUCAGGCACCCUUAAGUUGAAGUUCGAAGACUUAAAUGUGGUCGGCUUGAAAAAAGCUGUUUUAAAGAAAGUAGAAGCUAACAACGAUAAAACUGUGCUGACUGUAGUGAUUGAGACUCCAAUCGAAGUCAAGGGGGUUUACACUGCAGGAGGUUCUCUCCUUAGCGUGCCUGUCGAGGGACAUGGUCAGACGGAGAUGAAAACUGAAAAAGUGAAGCUCACAGUGAAAGCUAAUCUGCAGAAAUUCAAUAAGAAUGGCGCCGAAUACUACAAAAUUGCAACAUACGAUUUGAAAUUCAACUUUGUUGAGCAAUUAUUCAUUGAAUUCCACAAUCUGUUCAACGGAGAUAAUACCAAAGCUGAUCCUAUCCGUGCGAUCAUCCGUGAGAGUUGGAGGGAUCUGGUGCCCGAAAUUGGUAAACCCAUCAUCAAGGAGCUUGCGGACAUCGUAAUCGGUGCCAUUAACAAGUUCCUGGCAGGGCUACCCAUUGAUGAACUGGAAAUCAUUGCUUAAAGGCACUGGAAAAUCAUUCGUUUAAAAAUUAUGAACGUUGCUUCUUCACAGAUUAUAUUUAGUUGGAUAUAUUUUUUGUAAUAGUUUUAAUAUAAAUUGUUUUUUUUUUAUUAUGUUCAAGUUUUGUCAAAACAAUCAUUAGAAAUUAACUACUUUAAUGUUAUUGUUAAA